AUGAUCAAAGUUAACGUGGAUGCAAGAUGGUCAGGAGCAAAUUCCACGAGCUUCGGUUUUGUUGCUCGAUCUCACUCUGGAACGAUGCUAGUGGCUGGCACGCACGAGGAAGAUCAACGCAUGGACCCCUUGGUUGCCGAAGCAUUAGCCCUGCGUUGGUGUAUGCUACAGGCGAGAGAACUGGGAAUGGAUAGUGUGAUAUUUGAAUCUGACUCUCUUUCUGUCAUUAGAGCAAUGAAAACCGAUUCAAGUGCUUGGACUAUUCAGAAUAUCAUCCAAGACUGCCAUGCUUUAGCAAAGGAUUUUAAUUACAUCUCGUUCUCCCAUGUAAAGCGUAAUGCUAAUUCCCCAACCCACAUGCUUGCCUCUAUAGCUUUUAAGUUUAAUGAUCAUGUAUGGUGGGAUCAUCCCCCAACUGAGAGCAUCUUCUAUUUGUAG